AUGAAAGAAAAUAGUCUAGAAUAUGGAACAAAAGAAACUGAAAAGUAUUCAGAUCCAAAGAGUGUAAGAUCUUCAAGAAAAGACAUCAGCUCUGGGUCUGCUUCAUCUUCUCAAAGAAAACCCAGAGACAAGGAAAUAAGGGUUCAAAGAACUCUUACAGUAGUGGAAGAAUUAGAUGAAUCAGUUUGUUCAGAACUACAGAUCUUAGCAAGUGCCCAGCAAUUCUGUAUAACAUCCAAAGUCAAACCCCAAGGAUUGGGCUGCCACUCAAAGAGAUUAUAUAUUAUUUCCAGUCGUACAGCAAAGCAAUUACUUGUGGCUAUUGAAGAGUCUAGUUGCUUGUGCUACCAGCUAUGUGGGCCUGCCCGCUCCUGCUGCCUGCGACUCUAUGACCAGAACAGAGAAGAAGUACUAAGACUGUAUAGACCCUACCGGGUGGAUGUGUGCUGCUUGUUCUGCUGCCUUAUGGUCAUCAGAGUAUUCUCCAAGUCUAACGCUCUCCUAGGCUUUGUCCAGCAGAGAUGGAGCUUGUUUAGCUUAAGUCUCUCGGUGCAUGACUCGGACGGAAAGAGAACAAUGGAGAUCCAAGGUCCCUGGAGUGCGGCACGCUGUCACUCUGACCAGGAGUUCCAGGUGACAUCAGUGGAUGGUCAGAAGAUUGCUAUCAUAUGGAAGAGGUGGCCAGGAUUUAAUGAAGAUUAUAACAUGGAUCAUGACUUCUUUGGUCUUGACAUUUUAGCUUCGAUCAGUCCAACAGACAAGGCUCUUCUUCUGUCAGCGACAUUUCUGCUGAACUACAUGUUUUUCGAGAUGAGCUGAAAGGGAUGUAGAAGAAUGGAAAAGACAUUUAAAGAGAUGCAGAUACUGCACAAAACUGUAAUAAACCCUCAUGCUUCAUCCUGUCAGGCAUACCUGUAACGGCCCAUAUUGUAGACGAAAAUUGAUUGGACAAAACCUAUGGCAAUAUAGGACCCCAUCAUAGAAACGUUGGAGGUCCAAAAUGCAUAUAGUCAUAUACCUGUACAACACACUAAUCUAAAUGAAGCCUAAGGGCUCAUCACAUGCAUGGGGCAAUGAUCGGUAAAGAGUCACUCAUUCACCAUCAGCUGUAUUUACACGCAACAAUCGUCCCCUCCUUAUGAGGACUGAUGAUGGCUACUGCAAUCCUACAUACUGAUACAGAUUCAUUGUUUGCCAGCAGCACAUCUCAUCUCUGAUUAAAUAGGGAUGAGCUUCGAAAUUAUGAAUCGGAUCACCCAAAAAUUGGGUGAUCAGUGGCACAUUUACAUGGGGUAAUUAUCAGGAAUGAGUGUUCGUAUGAACUUCCCAAUAAGUAACCCAAUAAUCUGCCUAUACAAAAUGGUUCUAAAGGAAGCCAUACACAUUAGAUAGAAAUAGGCUGAUGGUUGAACAUCUGCUGAAUGGUUAAGGUGCCCACCUUCAAUAGCCAUUCAGCAGACAGCUAUCUCUCCCGACUCCCACAUACGUGUCCGGUUUUGCCAAUGUUUCUCUCCGGACUCCACCAUACACGUAUGGACGGUUCAGCUUUGCACGUAUGUGUUUUUAACUGGGAAAAAGGAGGAAGCCGCUGCCAGACAUCUCUAGUGGUGGCUUAUAUCUCGAUCUCUCAGGAGUACAGAUCGAUCAGGCGAGAGGUCCCCACACAUGUUUAAGGGGUUUUCCAGGCUCCUGAUAUUGAUGAUCUAUCGUUAGGAUAGGUCAUCAAUAUCCAAUCAGUGGGGGGAUCUGACAACCUUCAUAUCCUUGAUCAGCUGUUCACUGCAGCCUCCACGGGAACUAGCACUUUGAAUAGAUCAGAAAGCUUAGCUCCCAUUCAAGGGCUAGUUCUGGCGCAAAAGGCUGCAGGGAACAUCUAAUUGUGGGGGUGCGGGUAUUAGACCCGUAUUGAUCAGAUGCUAAUGACCUAUCGUGAGACUAGGUCAUC